CUGCCCAUCCAUACCGACUACAAUAAGCCUUGUCAUCAAUGUUGCAACAUUCCUCCGCGUCGCCCGCCGGACACUGAAGGUCGUCCUGGCGCUGGCCCUCAGGAGAGAUUUCUGGGACAACGUUCUGUCCCAGGCCGUUAUGUCCAACUACGAGUCGUACCGCAGUACUAUGUCCGCUGAAGUACCGCGCGGGGACGCGCAGAGACGAUGGAAAGCAUCGCUCCAGGCAUCGGACGUGGUCAUGCAGUGGGAUCCGGACCACAUGCCAUUCACAGGACAUAAGACGAAUCACAGGUAGUAGUCCGCGACUCUGCCUGCAAGUCAGUGCUGUGUGUUCAGUUAUUACGUGCGUUCAUGAACAGCAGUGAGGCUGAAACUUCAGCAAGUACAAACUCAGGUUUCACCAAAGCUUGUGCGCCCUCCCAAUGAUGAUAGUGCAUUUCAGUAGUUCAGAAUAGUGCACAAUAGACUAGCCCAGCUCCAAAGACAACAAGAGAAUGAGCUUUCCAAAAACUUACGGCAGACUACACGCAUAAUUUCGGGUCGAGGCUCAUUUUUUUCUUGUGUAGCAUCGAGCGCAGGUUGUUAUCUGCUGGUAGAGUUUAGUCUAAGUAGGAUCCGCCGCUCAGCUGUUUUUCUUCACCUAUUUUCUUUUGCAUACAGUAGUUUGUCGCGAAAAUGGUACCGUAGACCUACCUUUACCAUUCAUAUCGGAGUAGUAAUUGCGGGCCCAUUGCGUAUCAUGAAGAAAUUCAAGGACAGCGUGCUGGUAGAGACGCAGGCACUCAAUGGAACUUUUCUGCAGGCCGCUCCACAAAAUAUGUAUGUCAAAGAUGACGGCGGACGAAGCGUAUUCGUUCCCGUCGCCGUCACAUCCCCGCCUAGACGCUGAGCUCGUGCCAUCUCAUAACUUGCUGUAUUGUGUGAACCGUG